AAGUCUGUAUGAGUGGCUGAUAAGUUUUUGCAUUCUUACAAUUUCAACAUAAAGUCGUAGCUUAUGUGGUCGAGGUCUAUUCAAAGUACACUCAAUUUUUUUUACUCAACUGCGGUGGUGCGUGAAAUCUUUAGAAUUUCUACUUUACGCGAAGUCAACAGAAUCGAGCGAUAUCGUGUGGCGCGUGAAUACGUAUCAUAAAUGGACAGGAUACUGAAAGGUGUGAUGAAGUACAGAAAAUGUCACAGAGAGGGAAUGGUAAAGCAAUUCAAGCAGGUUAAGGACCAUCCCGAACCAAAGGCAGUUUUCUUCACCUGUAUGGACUCUCGGAUGAUUCCUACUAGAUUUACGGAAACAAAUGUUGGAGAUAUGUUUGUUGUCAGAAAUGCUGGAAAUGUCGUACCACACUCGCAACACUUCUCCGAUGAGUUGACAAUGUGCGAACCUGCUGCUCUGGAAUUGGGCUGCGUAGUGAACGAUAUUCGACAUAUAAUCGUCUGUGGCCACAGCGAUUGCAAAGCUAUGAAUCUACUCUACGCUCUGCGUGAUGAGGAAUUUGCUUCUCAGGUAAACAGACGAAUAUCACCACUCAGAGCAUGGCUAUGUGCCCACGCCAGCAGUAGUCUAGCUAAAUUUCAACAGCUAGAAAUCACUGGGUUUCACGAGCCAAUCAUUUUUCAAGCUGAAACGCCUCUACGUAAAUUUGUUGCCUAUAUUGACCCGGAAGACAAAUUUGCCAUCGAGGACAAACUAUCGCAGAUCAACACUCUACAGCAGUUGCAGAACGUAGCGUCAUAUGGUUUCUUAAAAAGGCGACUAGAGAGACACGACCUGCAUAUACAUGCUUUGUGGUUCGACAUUUAUACGGGAGAUAUAUACUAUUUUAGUCGAGCUAAUAAAAGGUUCAUCGAGAUAAGUGAACUCACAGAAACUCCAUUGCUUCGAGAAAUAAAAAAAUAUUACUCGUGAAGAGUUCAAACUGGUGUUAUCAAAUUAUGUUUAAUAUAUUAAUGCAUAUUUUUAUAACGUUUAAGUAGGUACCCGUAAUAUCAUUCACUUUGAUCAAACUUUUCGAACAAGAAUAAUCUCAGUCGAUUUCUAUACACAUUUAUUACUACAUGUGAAUUACAUUUUAGCUCAACGGAAUUAGCUAGUGAACCGAAUUGCAUAAUUUCAAUUUUAACAUUAAAUUAUCAGAUAAGUGAUUUUAAUACAUCAGUUUUUUUUAUCGUUAACUUAUGGAAAUCUGGUUCGCAGUUAACGUUUAUACCUAUUAUAGGCCUGAAUAAAAUUAUGGACAAUUAUUGGCAAAAAAGUUCUUUUCUCUUUUAUUUUGAUAAGCAAAAAAUAAUAAAUUUUCGUUUGGAUCUUUCGUUGUGAAUUUUUCAACCGUAAAAAAUAUGUUUUUCUUUGUGUGAAUAGCAAUUGUUGCGUUGAGCAGGAAUAUUUGGCAUACCCUGAUACAAUAUCUAUGUUAAGUCAUACGUGUAAACAUCUAUGGACCGCAAAUACGAUGUAAUGAAAUUCUGGGAUCCAAGACUCGCUUUUAUAGUUUUAUUGUUAUUCCGAUCCGUAAUAACUUCUCGACGCGUCCUUAGGCUGUUGUAAUUAUAUAAAUAUUUUUCUUUUUUGGGACUAAGAAUACUUUUGAUAGAGAGAAAGUACGAUUGUGCAAGUUAGUCGAACAACCUGUGAAUGACUUAUUGAAUAAAUACUGUACAAAAUA